AUGAAAUUGUUCCAAACGAAGGUUAUGAUCUCAAUCGAUUCCACCAUCAAACAGUUGGUACCCCGAAAAUCUCACUUUGCUUUGCCCAUCGAUAUUAUACAAAAGACAACGAAACAAAAUGAAAUUUCACCUGAAAAGAAAAGUCACAGAAAUUGUUAUAAUUUCUAUCAAAUGGUUCGGUCUCGUGACUGUUAUCGAAACAAAAUUAUUGACAACUUACAAGUAGUCCAAAAUCUGUCGCCGUGUGGCUCGAACGUUCGCACGGAGAUCAGCGAGUGUCUGCAAAUUCGUCGGGCAGUUCAGUAUUUGUCGAAAAAAGCGUUGACAGAGUGUAAUCGAGUCGGUGUAAGUUUCAUGGCUGGGAACGAGACACGUGGCGUGGCAAAAAGCGCGGCGAAGCGUACGGCCCUGAACCGGGAUGGUGGCAGGCGAGCGCGCAAGUCUUCUGCUAGUGCCAAACGAUUCCUUUGGCACACUCGCGUCUGGAGUCUCGUUAUAGUCGGGGCGAACGUUUUGCGCCAGAUUGUGUCGUGCACUUGUCAGCGUUGCUGA